AUGGUGUCCCUGUCCCUGUCCCCGUCCCUGUCCCUGUCCCUGUCCCUGUCCCCGCCCCUGUCCCUGUCCCCGCCCCUCUCCUUGUCCCUGUCCCCGCCCCUGUCCCCGUCCCUGUCCCUGUCCCUGUCCCCGUCCCCGUCCCUGUCCCCGUCCCCGUCCCCGCCCCUGUCCCUGUCCCCGCCCCUGUCCCUGUCCCCGCCCCUGUCCCCGUCCCCGCCCCUCUCCUUGUCCCUGUCCCCGCCCCUGUCCCCGUCACUGUCCCCGCCCCUGUCCCCGUCCCCGUCCCUGUCCCCGUCCCCGUCCCCGCCCCUGUCCCCGUCCCCGUCCCUGUCCCUGUCCCUGUCCCCGUCCCCGUCCCCGUCACUGUCCCCGUCCCUGUCCCUGUCUGUCAGUGACUUCCUCCUGCACCUCCCUGCUUUGUAUGUGCGCCCCGUCCUGAGAAAAGAUGUCGGACCUGACUGCCGGCUGAUCCCUGACCUCCUUCUCCGUCUUGUUUACGGAGCCGAGUGCCGGGGUUCUGUUUAUCGGCCCCUUCAGUGGAUUUGUGCCGUUCCGCCGGCUGCUCCUCGCUCUACGCCGAUCUCCCACAUUUCCGCGUUGCUGGAUUAA